UUUGCCUUUCAUUUCUAUUUCUUCAUUUCUUCUCCGCCACCAUCUUCUCUCUCAAAAACCCUACCUCUCAUUUCCUCUCCCUCCGUCGCUCAAUGGAGGAAGUCUGCGAAGGGAAGGAAUUUUCUUUCCCCGGCCAUGAGGAAAAGAUCCUUUCUUUCUGGUCUGAAAUCAAAGCCUUUGAGACCCAAUUGUCCCGCACUGAAUCCCUCCCAGAGUACAUCUUUUACGAUGGUCCUCCUUUUGCUACCGGUCUUCCUCACUACGGUCACAUUCUCGCCGGCACUAUCAAGGACAUUGUCACCCGCUACCAGACCAUGAGGGGCCACCAUGUUACUCGUCGCUUCGGCUGGGAUUGCCACGGUUUGCCUGUGGAGAAUGAGAUCGAUCGGAAAUUGGGGAUCAAGAGGAGAGAUGAGGUGUUGAAAAUGGGGAUUGAUAAGUAUAAUGAGGAGUGUAGGAGUAUUGUGACGAGGUAUGUUGAAGAGUGGGAGAAGGUGAUCACGAGGACGGGGAGGUGGAUUGAUUUUAGGAAUGAUUAUAAGACUAUGGAUUUGAAGUUUAUGGAGAGUGUUUGGUGGGUUUUUUCUCAGCUUUAUGAGAAGGGUCUGGUCUAUAAGGGUUUCAAGGUCAUGCCAUACAGUACUGGUUGCAAAACUGUGCUGUCUAACUUUGAAGCUGGUCAGAAUUACAAGGAUGUCCCUGACCCUGAGAUAAUGGUGUCAUUUCCAAUUAUCGAUGAUCCCCAUAAUGCAUCCUUUGUGGCUUGGACAACAACCCCGUGGACACUUCCUAGCAAUCUUGCUCUUUGUGUUAAUGGAAAUUUUGACUAUGUGAAGGUCCGUAACAAGUAUACUGGAAAAGUCUUCGUGGUUGCUGAAUCUAGGCUGUCAGUUCUUCCUGUCGAGAAACCAAAAUCAAGUGUGGCAAAUGGACCUGCUGGUGAUUCGAAGACAUCAAAUUCUAAAACUAAGGGUGGAAAAUCUGAAAACUUGAUGGAUUCAUAUGAUUUGUUAGAGAAAGUCAAGGGUAAUGAACUGUUGAAGAAAAGGUAUGAACCAUUGUUUAAUUACUUCUCAGAGUUCUCUGACACGGCUUUUAGAGUUGUUGCGGACAAUUAUGUGACUGAUGAUAGUGGUACGGGAAUUGUUCAUUGUGCUCCUGCAUUUGGUGAAGACGAUUAUCGUGUUUGCAUUGAAAAUCAAAUAAUCAAUAAGGGAGAAAAUUUGAUUGUAGCAGUUGAUGAUGAUGGCUGCUUUACAGAGAGAAUCACUGAUUUCAGUGGUCGCUAUGUUAAGGAUGCAGACAAGGAUAUCAUUGAAAAUGUAAAGGCAAGAGGCAGGCUUGUUAAGUCUGGUAGCUACACUCACUCCUAUCCCUUUUGUUGGAGGUCAGAUACUCCUCUUAUUUAUAGAGCUGUUCCAAGCUGGUUUGUUAGAGUGGAAGAUUUAAAAGCCAAAUUGCUAGAAAACAACAAACAGACAUAUUGGGUUCCUGAUUAUGUAAAGGAAAAACGGUUCCACAACUGGCUUGAAAAUGCAAGAGACUGGGCUGUUAGUAGAAGUCGAUUUUGGGGGACUCCUCUUCCUGUAUGGACCAGUGAGGAUGGUGAAGAAAUAGUUGUCGUGGAUUCUGUUGCUAAGCUUGAAAAGCUUGCUGGUGUUAAGGUUUUUGAUCUUCAUCGGCACAAUAUUGAUCACAUAACUAUUCCAUCUAAUCGUGGUUCUGAAUUUGGUGUGCUUCGACGUGUAGAUGAUGUAUUUGAUUGUUGGUUUGAGAGUGGUUCAAUGCCUUAUGCUUAUAUUCAUUACCCAUUUGAGAAUGUUGAGCUUUUUGAGAAAAAUUUUCCCGGGCAAUUUAUUGCUGAAGGGCUAGAUCAAACUCGUGGAUGGUUCUAUACUCUUAUGGUGUUGUCUACUGCAUUGUUUGGGAAGCCUGCAUUCAGGAAUCUUGUUUGCAAUGGACUUGUCCUGGCAGAGGAUGGAAAAAAGAUGAGUAAAAAAUUGAAAAACUAUCCAUCACCAAUGGAGGUCAUCAAUGAUUAUGGAGCUGAUGCUUUACGAUUAUACCUUAUAAACUCUCCAGUUGUACGUGCUGAAACCUUGCGAUUCAAAAAGGAUGGAGUUUAUGGUGUUGUCAAAGAUGUCUUCCUUCCAUGGUAUAAUGCAUAUAGGUUCUUAGUACAGAAUGCUAAGAGGCUUGAGGUUGAAGGGCUUGCACCAUUCUCUCCUGUUGAUUUUGGAAAACUUAAAAAUUCAUCUAAUGUGUUAGAUCAGUGGAUCAAUUCAGCCACUCAGAGUCUUGUUCAUUUUGUCCGCCAAGAAAUGGAUGCAUACCGACUUUACACGGUGGUUCCAUAUCUCUUGAAGUUUCUUGACAACCUCACAAACAUAUAUGUGCGAUUCAACCGCAAGAGAUUAAAAGGUCGUACAGGGGAAGAAGAUUGCCGAACUGCUCUCUCAACUCUUUACAGUGUGCUUUUGACAUCAUGUAAGGUGAUGUCGCCAUUCACACCAUUCUUUACAGAAGUGCUAUAUCAAAACAUGCGGAAAGUUUCUACUGGAGCAGAGGAAAGCAUUCACUACUGCAGUUUUCCUCAAGAAGAGGGAGAGAGGGAUGAAAGAAUUGAACGAAGUGUUUCAAGGAUGACGACUGUAAUUGAUCUUGCACGUAAUAUCCGUGAGCGGCACAACAAACCUCUGAAAUCACCACUGAGGGAGAUGAUAGUUGUUCAUCCUGAUGCAGACUUCCUUGAUGACAUAGCUGGAAAAUUAAAGGAGUAUGUGCUGGAGGAACUAAAUGUGAGAUCUCUAGUCCCAUGUAUUGAUACUCUGAAGUACUCUUCUCUGCGUGCAGAGCCAGAGUUUAGUGUGCUUGGUAAACGACUUGGAAAAUCAAUGGGUAUUGUUGCCAAAGAAAUUAAAGCAAUGUCUCAGAAAGAUAUCUUAGCAUUUGAGGAAGCUGGAGAAGUUACUAUUGCUUCACACACUCUAAAGCUGGCUGAUAUCAAGGUUGUUCGAGAAUUCAAACGUCCUGAUGGUUUGACUGAGAAGGAGAUAGAUGCUGCUGGAGAUGGUGACGUUUUGGUGAUUAUGGAUUUGCGUCCAGAUGAAUCAUUGUAUGAGGCUGGUGUUGCUCGUGAGGUUGUUAAUAGAAUUCAGAAGUUACGGAAAAAAAUUGCCCUUGAACCCACAGAUGUGGUGGAUGUUUAUAUUGAAUCUUUGGAUGAAGAUAAGACAAAGUUAGAACGGGUUCUGAAAUCACAGGAACAAUAUGUUCGGGAUGCAAUUGGAUCUCCAUUACUAUCCUCCAACCUGAUGCCACCACAAGCGGUUGUAAUUGGGGAAGAGAGUUACCAUCAGAUAUAUGAAUUGUCUUUCACCAUUUACUUGGCUAGGGCUGCUUUAGUAUUCAAAUCAGAUGCAAUUCUAGCGUUAUAUGCGGGAAAUACAAAAUUUGCACAAGGUCUGGAAACUUACCUGUUAUCUAGGGAUCAUUCUAAUUUGAGAUCAGAAUUUCAGCUUAGAAAUGGCAAGAUAACUGUUGAUUGCAUUGAAAAUCAGCCUGCUGCAGAUGUGUUACUUGGAGAACAUUUAUUUUUGACUGUUGGGGACUACUUUUUAAGAACAAGAAGUGGGUAAACUGAUUCCUAUAUGAUUGAUACUAUAAAUCCGUCCCCCUUAAAAAAAGGGGGAAUUCUAGUUCGGAUUUCUUGCAUUUGUUAAAGAGUACAGAAGACACUGAUUCCAGAAUCCUGCCACAAAAUAAAGUUGCAGGGGAGGUAUAGUCAUUUGUUUUAAUGUACAGAUGCGGAUAAUUAAGUAGACGCCUCGUGAUUAAUUUUAUUUCACGUAGUAUAGAAUACCAAAGCCAUAUUACAUUGUCCCUGGUCUGUUUUGAUGUUUUAUGUAAGACAUAGCAAAACAUGAAAUUUGCAACUAGAGAAAUUUGUAUGUUAAGAAAGAAGAGGAUGAAGUUGAUGUGUUUGCGCGAGUUAAGAGGAUGGGGCAGACUGCAAAGAUGGAUUGA